AUGAAAAGAUACUGGAAUUGGAUAGAUCAAACAUUGAAGGAAUCAUCAAACCGCAUCACGAGGCAUGCUCUAAAUUUGAAUCCUGAAGGGAAGAGGAAAAGCGGAAUUUUAAAGAACGGAUUACGUCGAGAAAUAGAAGCAGGUAUGAAAAGUAUGAAUAACAACUGGGAAGAGCUGGAAAGGAUUACCCAGAACAGGGCUAUAUGUAGAAUGCUGGUGUGCGGCCUAUGCUCCUCCAGAUGGAGUAUCAGGUGUAA